UACAUGUAGCAUUUUUCUAAAUAAUUACUUCAUAUUUAUUUAAUGUGGGAGAUUUUAAAAAAACUUGAAGAUCUAGAUAGUCUUCAAUAGCACUUUGUUCUGACUUUUCAUCACCUGACUUAUAUUUAUAGGUAUCUUUCUUCCCCAUUAUAUUUUAAGCAAAAGUAACAGUUUAAUCUGUAUCUUCUCCACAAUCAAUCCUAACCUUAUACUUUGUAACAGGAACUCAAUCUGAUUCAAUGUUUAUAAACUUUUAUGAUUCCACCCCACAGCAAGAAGAACUUCAUAACCCACAGCAGAUAUAUAUGCACAGUAUAUAUGAGAAAGACAGAAAGAAGAAACAGGCAAAGCAGAAAGCAGACAAACACUCCUGGUAAAAUGACCGGAAAACCUAUUAAAAAGAUUGCUAUCUUUGGAGGAACUCACGGUAAUGAGCUAACAGGAGUAUUUCUAGUUAAACACUGGCUACAGGAUGGCGCUGAAAUUCAGAGAACAGGACUGGAAGUAAAACCGUUUAUUACCAACCCAAGAGCAGUGAAGAAGUGUAUGAGAUAUAUUGACUGUGACCUGAAUCGUGUUUUUGACCUUGAAAAUCUUGGCAAGAAGAUAUCAGAGGAUUUGCCAUACGAAGUAAGAAGGGCUCAAGAGAUAAAUCAUUUAUUUGGUCCAAAAGAUAGCAAAGGUUCCUAUGACAUUAUUUUUGACCUUCACAAUACUACUUCUAACAUGGGGUGCACUCUUAUUCUUGAAGAUUCCAAGAAUGACUUUUUAAUUCAGAUGUUUCAUUAUAUUAAGACUUCUUUGGCUCCAUUACCCUGUUACAUUUAUCUUAUUGAGCAUCCUUCCCUCAAAUAUGCAACUACUCGCUCUAUAGCCAAGUAUCCUGUGGGUAUAGAAGUUGGCCCCCAACCCCAAGGUGUUCUGAGAGCUGAUAUUUUGGAUCAAAUGAGAAAAAUGAUUAAACAUGCUCUUGAUUUUAUACAUCAUUUCAAUGAAGGAAAAGAAUUUCCUCCAUGCACUACUGAGGCCUAUAAAAUAAUGGAGAAAGUUGAUUUUCCCAGGAAUGAAAAUGGAGAAAUUUCUGCUAUUAUUCAUCCUAACCUGCAGGAUCAAGACUGGAAACCAUUACACCCUGGGGACCCUGUGUUUGUGACUCUUGAUGGAAAGACUAUUCCGUUGGGCGGAGACUGCACCGUGUACCCAGUGUUUGUGAACGAGGCCGCGUAUUAUGAAAAGAAAGAAGCUUUCGCCAAGACAACUAAACUAACACUCAGUGCAAAAAGCAUUCGCUCCUCUUUCCACUAGAAAUCACUGCUAGUGCAACAAUUAUUAUAGGGUAUCUUGAAAAGCUCUGCAAGUCUGUUCCUCCACCCCCACGCCUGACUCAGUAGGCACCCAGACCAGUUUCUUUAAAGAGAGAAUAAAUGACUGAAUCUCUUUGAAAGUAUCAUACGCGGGGCUGGGAAUUUAGCUCAGUGGCACAGCGCCUGCCUGCCAAGCGUGAGGUCAUGAGUUCAAUUCCUGGUACCGGAAGAAAAACAAAACAAAACAAAACAAAAAAAAACGAAAAGUAUCAUGCUUUAUGUAUGUAGUUUACUCAGAAAAUGUGCUUCCUGUUUCUAUAUAGCUUUUAUAUAUGACACUAUGAUAGUUUAACAUUCUAAAUAGAUUUCACACUCAACAUAUAUAUAUUACAUGCAAAGUUUUUGACUUGACAUCAAAUGAAAUGUAUAUUUUCAAAUAACAUAAAAGUGCUACUAGAAACUAAUGGUACAGAGUUGCUAUUUUUUUAAUUUUUCAUAUUUGAAUUAGUGACAAUAUAUUGACUAUCUAGCCUAUUAACUUUAGCAAUAGUUGUGAUAUCUGUAGGAGAUUUUUAAAUGCUCUUUUGCAGGCAAAAUGUGAAAAAGAAAUGAGGGCUGGUUGUAAAGUUGGCAUAUGAACCCUUCCAGAAGCUCUGAUGUCUCACACACACCUUGAGAAGCUGACUGUUCUUCUCAACAUGGGCAAUUUGGAAGAUGCAAACUCCUUGCUGCUGUCGCUUCUCAUUUUGAAAGAACAUUCCUGCCUCCGGUUAGUCUUCUCCUUGGAGGACCUCUGGCUGAACACUGCCUGCUCCUUCACCAACCUCGCCAGGGUCUCCUCAUUCCUCCCGCAGGCCACCACAGCUAAAUAAGAAGCACUUUUACCCUACAAUCUGGACCCCGUGACCUGGACCCCAAGAAGCCCAUGUUUAUAGCUUCAAAUGUAUUUACCAAAAAUACUAACAUUACCUGGAACACUCACAGACAAACAUUCUCAUUCUUCCAGAGCAAACUCCACUAAAAAACUUCAUUCCAUUUUUAAUGUUUUAUAGGACACAAUGAAGCAUUUUCUAAAAUUUUUAGCAUUUACAGAGUACUCUAUAUUUAUUAGAAUAAACUCUCUUCCUUCUAAAUGGCAUAAUAAAAAUCUGAUUUAUGAAUCAGCUUUCAUAUAUCCUUUACUAUGCUCCACUGUCCCACAAUGAAGAUCUCAUUUUAUUUAAUUUCAGAGUCCAGCUUCCCUGGGUCAGUUCUUCCAUAUGUAAGUUUUAGCAAGAAAGCUUUAUUCUUCCCUCCAAUUUUAAUUUUUGGUAAAAUGUAUAAUGUGAAUUUAGGUCACAGUGGUUUCAGUGUUUGUAUUAUUUCUAUCAAGUCUAAUUUUUCCCUGGCUUAAUCUUUAUAAAAUCUUUAAUGUUUCUAAUUUGAUGUGAUUUUUUUAAAUCUGUAAGACAUCACUACGUGGUUUUAGCCACUUUCAGUUUUGUUUUGAUUAUUUCUAACAAUCUACAGAUUUGGUUCUCUCCUCUGUAAAACAAGAGUGAUCAUAAGAACAGUGCUUCUCUUGUGGGGUUAUUGUGAGGGUUAAGCAGGCUCAUGCAUGUAAGCACUUAGCUCAGUGCCUAGCGCAGAGUUUGUACUUAUUAUUCAAGUUUUCAAACCUAACACAAAAGGCUCUUCAUGAUCUGCCCCCUCCUCCACAAUCUCUCCCAACACAUCUCCCUUCCCUUUCUCUCUGUUCCAGUGCCCUUCCCACUGCUUUGUUCUUAUAUGCCUUCAUCCAGACUGAAUCUUUUCCCUACACUUUGUACUCAUCUGCCCUAUCCCAGAUCUUCCUUUAGUUAAUUCCUGUGUUUCCUUCAAAAUGCAAUGCGACUCUCAUGUAAGAAUCCUUCUUGGUCUCCCUUUACCUAACUUGUUUGCCCCUUUGCCUUCCUCACCUUCUAUCCCACCUUGAGGACAUUAACAGCAUCUUUUUUGUGUCUGCAAUCUAAGUGCCCAAUAAAGUUUAGUUGAAUGAGUGAGUAUGCUCAGACACCCUUUCUCUAUGGAAAUAUCUUCAUGUUCCACCAAAGUCCCUGCCUUCUUUUUUCUUCUUUUUCUGUCACUGAGUGUUCUGCCUACCACUGCCAAGUAAAUUCACUCCAUUCUACUCUCUUCGGAUCAUCACUAUGUCUCAAAGGAUAGUAGGCAAAAUACACUUUUGGAGCGUUGCACUUGAUCCCUUCGUCUUUGCAGACCUUUGCUGUUACUGUCAAAGAGGCAGUCUGGUCCAGUGAGCAAAGCUGUAUCUCUUGAUACCAGUCUAACUCAACUUCAGAGAACCUUAACCCUAGACCAGAGAAAAGCACUGUGACUUUUGCCUCCAAGUUUCCCCACCUACUAAACUGGGAUACAGAGCCAAACCUACAAAAUAGUAUAAUAUGAAUGAGAGAGUUUUAUAGUGCAGAAGGUAAUUUUUCAUAGCAUCAAGAGCCAUCAAAAUAUCCAGGCCCAAUGACAGAGGGCCCCAUUAUCAGAAAUAUAUCUGACAGGAGGUGUUUACAUCCUUUUUUUACCAGAAUGUUCUCAUAGAUGACAUAUUCCUAGAUUGUGAACUAAAACCUAUUCAAGCUCAGGAUGUGACUGGCAUAAAAUUUCUUUGCUACUCAACAAGCCACAUUCCAGUGAAGAAAGGUAUUAGGGGAUGCAUUUGAAUUAAGCAAACAAGUCAGUAUUUCACUUAUUAAUAAAUGGGUGGUAAGUUCCACAGCCCAUUACGACAAAGUAGUGUGUUGGGAUUCCGGAUAAGAACUUCUGUCCUUAUGAAAUAAUUUAAUAAAAUGAAUAUAUACA